AACUGUGAUUGAAAAGGAUUCAUGAGGUACAAGAAGCCAUAGAGAAUAGGGAAGAAUGGGCUAAACAGCCUCAAGAAAUUCAACAAUCAAGACAAAGAUCAUUACUAAAUGACGAAAGACAAUGUCAAUCAUAUUUAACUUUAGCGAGUGAAACUAUGGAUAUGUUUCACAAUUUGACUGAGACAAUUCGAGAGCCUUUUUAUAAGCCUGAAAUAAUUGAUCGUCUAGCUGCAAUGUUAAAUUACAAUUUACAACAAUUAUGUGGACCCAAGUGCAAAAAUCUGAAAGUCAAAAACCCUGAUAGAUAUGGAUGGUCACCUAAAAAAGUUUUGAAUCAAAUCACUGAUAUUUAUUUACACUUAGACUCUGAAAAGUUUUGUGAGGCCAUUGCAGCUGAUGAAAGAUCUUACAGCAAAGCUUUAUUCGAAGAUGCAAUACUCCGUAUGAAGAAGGCGAUGAUUAAAACUGAACCUCAAAUCUACAAAUUCCAUGAGAUGGCCAAGAUGGUGGAGAAAAUGAGAGAAACAAAUGUUAAUAUGGAUUAUAGUGAUGCUCCUGAAGAGUUCAAAGAUGCUCUUAUGGACACUCUCAUGGAUGAACCCGUCAUCCUACCAAGUGGAAAAAUUGUCGACCGAUCAGUUAUCAUUCGUCACUUGCUCAAUUCAAAUACUGACCCAUUUAAUCGUCAAACAUUAACCGAAGACAUGCUUGUAAUAGAUACCGAUUUAAAAGCUCGCAUUGAAGAAUGGAAGAAAUUGAAACAACAGUCUUUCAAAGAGUCUCAAAGUAGCCCAAGAUUGGAAUAGUCGCCUCUCGAUUCACUACCAAACAGAAUUAAAACUCCAAGAAACUAAAUCAACUUUAAUUCUUAGGAAAUGUCGACACGAGUAACUUUCUUGGCAACUGAUCACUUGUGAAGAGAAUGAGAAGAAAAAUUAACGAAACAAGUGCAUAUUGUCUGAACCUAUUUCCAUUCAAACUGUUGAAAUUCAAAGAACAAAAUAUAUUUUGUAAAUUCACAAACUCAUCUAGUUGAUUAUUGACCCGAAAACCACAACAGAAUUCGAAAGGAUAAAGAAUCAAAAAUUGUAGAUCGCGCUCAAGUUACUCUCAAUUUAGAGAACCAAUGAAGUUGCUCACAUUUUGUUUCCUUUCAACUUUUCUACUGACAAACUUGAGUUAUUUUCAUUUUGUUCUUUCUGAAUACAUUUUGUCAUGAGAAUUGGUUCUAAUUUAAUUUCUUUUCUUUAGUCUACUCUAGUUGAUAAUAAGUCUAAGUAAGAAACUAAUCCAUCUUUCCUCUCUUACUUUGUGUUUCUCAUUCUCUUUGUGUUACCAGUUUCUUUGGAUAUUCAUCUCCAGCUUCUUAGGCUUGUUCACCGACCGUUUUUCAUGUAACCAAUUGUGUCAUUUUCAGGUAACUUAGUGAAACAAUCAACGAAUAAAGUCACAAUGAGAACGAUUUGAGGUGAAUUUGUUUUAAUUCUUAAAUAGUGUGAUUAUUGUGAUUAUUAAAUAAAUACAUUUGUUUUUACAUUUA